AUGACGUUUACUUCGGAAAUCCACACCUUUCACUCGGGCAAACCCCAGCCUCAGUCCUCGUCGUCCUCGUCCACCUUUGCCUCGCUCGACCCGGCCACGGGAAGACCCCUCGCCACCGUCUACACCACCACCCCGUCCCAGCUCGACGAUGCCGUCGCCUCCGCCCACGCUGCAUUCCCCGUCUGGUCCCAGACCCCAGCCCCCCAGCGCGCCGCCGUCCUGCUCCGCGCCGCCGCCCUCCUCCGCCAGCGCAACCAUGACCUCGCCCUGACCGAGACGCUCGACACGGGCAAGGCCUGGUCUGAGACGUCGGCCGUCGACGUUGUCACCGGCGCCGACGUCCUCGAAUACUACGCCCACUUUGUCGCCGGCGGCCUGCCCGGCCAGCACACCCAGCUCCGCCCGGACGCCUUUGUCCUCACCGCCCACGAGCCCCUCGGCGUCUGCGCCGGCAUCGGCGCCUGGAACUACCCCAUCCAGAUUGCCCUCUGGAAGUCGGCUCCGUGCCUCGCCGCCGGCAACUGCAUGGUCUACAAGCCGAGCGAGGUGACGCCGCUGCACGCCAACACCCUCGCCAGCAUCUACAUCGAGGCCGGCCUGCCCCCCGGCGUCUUCAACGUCGUCUACGGCGACGGCCCCAGCGUCGGCGCGCCCCUCGUCGCCCACCCGAGCAUUGCCAAGGUCAGCUUCACCGGCCAGGUCAGCACGGGGAGCAAGGUCGCUGCCGAGGCCGCCCGCGGCAUGAAGGGCGUCACCAUGGAGCUCGGCGGCAAGAGCUCCCUCGUGGUGCUGCCCGACGCCGACGCCGACGAGGCCGCCGACGUGGCCAUGGCCGCAAACUUCUUCUCCACCGGCCAGGUCUGCACAAACGGCACCCGCGUCUUCAUCCCGGACACCCUACUGGCUCGCGUUGAGGAGGCCCUGGUCCGGCGCUGCCGCGAGGGCAUCCGCAUGGGCCUGCCCCGUGACGACAAGACAAACUUUGGGCCCGUCGUCAGCGCCGCCCAGCGCGACAAGGUGGCCAUGUAUAUCAAGCACGGCCGCGACGUCGACGGCGCCCGCGUGCUGUACGACGGCGCCGCCGACGCCCAACGCGACAAGCCCACACCCGGCGGCUUCUGGGUGGCCCCCGUCGUUUUCACCGACUGCACCGACGACAUGCGCGUGGCGCGCGAGGAAAUCUUCGGGCCUGUCAUGUGCCUCCUGCCCUACCCGACGCGGGGCCGCAAGCAAGACGAGUGGAUGGCCGACGUGGUCCGCCGGGCAAACGACACGCCCAUGGGUCUUGCUGCCGGGGUCGUCUCGUCCGACGUGGGGCUGGCACACGAUGUGGUCCGCCAGCUGCAUGCGGGCAUCACCUGGAUCAACACGUGGGGCGAGUCGCCCGCCGAGAUGCCCGUGGGCGGCUGGAAGAUGAGCGGCGUCGGCCUGGAGAAUGGCCACGAGGGCAUCCGAGCGUACAUGCGGACAAAGAGCACGCUGGUUCAGCUGGGCAAGGGCGCCUGCAAGGGUCUAUUCGCCAAGCUGUAA